AAAUCCCAAUUGUCGGGCACAUUACAAUUGUGACGGAGUCUCCGGCCGGACGUCGCAAACGGCAGCUCGACGAUUUUUCGGCUAAUAAUUGUAUAUUCGAUCAACGUACGAUCUCAGAGACUUUGAAAUUUUUUGUCUUGGGAAGGAAGUUCCUUAUCUAUGGUGUAGAAAAAAGAUGGUUCGCCCAAAAUCGAGUAAGAAGAAGAAGAAGGUGUGCGUGGAUAACUGUUGCUACGAAAGUGACAGUUCAGUCUGUUCGGACUCGGACUGCAGCGAUUGUAACAACUGCUAUGACAGCCGCCCGAAAAAGAAGCGCACCUUGAAGAAGAAGAGUAAGAGUAAGAGCAGCAAGCCUGUCAAGUCCAAGACAAAGAAAAAGAGUAUUUUGCGCCGUGCGAAAGAUUCAUCGUCGAGCUGUAAUUGUACUGACUGUAAUGAUUGUAGCAGCGACGAGUGCGUGCCCAGCAAAACCACCAAGUGCUACUAUUAGAUGGAUAGAUUGAUGGAAUGAUAGCUUUAAACCUUUAAAACAAAUAGAAUCGUACUAAAUUAACAUUUAAGAUGUAGUCUAGCUUUUCUUAUAACUUUAACGUUGAUGACAUUUAGCUUUAAUUCAAAUAAAUUCGAAUUUUACGGUUAAUUUAAGAGUCAUGAA